AUGUCUAACCUGCCAACGCUCGUUUUUAUACCUGGUGCCUGGCACAAACCCACAUGUUUUGAAAAGAUUACCAGCAUUCUCUCAGAAAAAAAUUUCAAAUGUGUCCUAGUAACUCUUCCAUCGACCCAAGGGAGCCCUGAAGCCACGUUCAAAGAUGACCUUGAUGCUGCACGAAUGGCUAUAUCAGGCGAGACUACCCAGGGCCGUAAUGUUGUGGUCCUUGCACACUCCUACGGCGGUAUGGUAGGAAACAGUGCCAUCAAGGGGUUCACUCGACCACAAGAUAGCCCAAUAGAUCAGGAUCAACAGCCUUCGGGGCCAGGGUACAUCAUCGGCCUCAUUCUGAUUGCUUCCGGCUUCACUUUCACCGGCCUCGCGUUUAUGGACCCCUUCCUUGGACGCCCACCGCCGCUAUGGCGCGUCAACAAGGAAACGGGGUUCGCCGAACUUGUCGCCUCGCCGCGUGAAGCAUUCUAUCACGAUGUACCAGCAGACGAGGCAGAAUACUGGUGUUCUCAGCUUCAAUCGCAGAGCCUUAAAGCAUUGUUUGAAGGCGCUGAACACUCCUACUCUGGUUGGUUGGAUGUACCGUGCUGGUAUAUUGGCACAGCGGAGGAUAGGGGCUUGCCCCUUUUCAUACAGCGAAUGCAGGCUGGUAUGGCUAGGAAUAUGGGUGCGAGUGUGACGUGUAGGGAACUCCGGGCCAGCCAUUCACCGUUUUUAAGCCAUCCUAAAGAUACCGCCAGGCUUAUCCUUGAAGCUAUUGGACAAUUUACUGGGAAUCCUCUUGGGAAUCUACCUUCACUAGAUGAGUGCCAUGCUAUGAUGCCAGUGCCGAGGGUGGAGCUGCUACAGCCUCUUACAUGGUAUAACUUUGGCGUGCCAUUGGCAUUCGGCCACCUUCUUGGGCGGGGCGAUAAGACAUCAGAAAUCCGACUAGCGAUUAUCGAGGUUUGUUGGCUCAUAUUAAAGUAA